CUACUAAUUAUUAACGGCUAUAAAAGCCACUACUCUAUUAGAUCUUAUAAUCACUAUAAGAAGAAGAAUAUUAUUCUUAUCUAUAUACCUUUAUACUUAUCUUACCUAUUACAGCCUCUUAACGUUACUUAUUUCUCGCCUUUAAAGCGUAAGUAUAGUAAUAUAUUCUUAGGCUUAGCACGUAACCGCACUAACUAUAUUAGUAAGGAGACCUUCCUACUAGCCUUUAAGACUACUUUUAAGCAGUCUAUUAUAUAG